CUAACAUAAUGGUGAACAAAACAAAAACCUUAUCGCUCUCAUUGUAAGUUAUCACAAUGGCCCACCUGUUCUACGCUCAAUCGAACCUAACUCCUGGACUAUGGAGUACGUUAUACUAGCCUUAUUCCUAACGCACAUUCACGCCAGAAUGUUCUGUGAGAAAACCAAGCUGCCUCUAGAAGUGGGCGUGUGGCGGCACGACCUUCAGCAUAUGGACUCCGCUGUGGUCGAGAACAAGCCUGUGUCCAUCACCGAAGGCCAAGUGUACGUGUACGACAACUACUUCCCAGGAUACACGAUCAAGUACAUCCACGUUGACAACGUGGCGAUCAAGUCUUGCGGCGCCAGCGCUACCAUCAAGAUGGGAGGCAUCGGCACAUCAACCGUCCUAAUAGUCCUUCACGCGGACACAAACCAGGAAAUCCGCUCGGUGAUCGACGUGUGGGGAACUAAAGACGAAGCCCCGGUCCCGAAGAAAAAGGCGCUGCCUUUCUCAAAGGACAUAAAAAACUUGAAAUCAUUAUACCUAUUCGGAAAAUUAAGAGCCGUACACCACAAUAGGGGGUACUGA